AUGAAGUAUGCUGAGGAUGGGAAUGCUCAGUCUAGGGUUAAACUCUUUCUGCUGUCAUCAGCAGCUCUUUAUGGAUUCUUCUUUGUGUAUGAUAGUCCGUCCCCGAUGUUUCCCGAGCUGAAAAAGACCUUUGGUGAAGACUAUGCGGCUUCGCAUUCAUUACUGUACUCGGCAUACGCCCUGCCUAACUUACUGCUGCCUUUAAUCACUAGUACUUCGCUUAAGCUGUCCACUAGUAAGACAAUGCUCUAUACCUUUUUACUGAUCGUCUUGGGCCAAGGCUUAGUUUGGGGUGGAUGUUACUCUGAACUCUUUGCCGUAAUAGUAGCAGGUCGUUUUGUUAUUGGUCUUGGUGGCGAGAGCUUCAGUGUUGCCCAGAACAAAAUGCUCUCUUCCCUCUUUCACAGCCAUGAGUACGGCCGUGUAUUUGGGGUUAGCCUAGCUAUUGCCCGAAUGGGCUCAAUUACAGCUUACUUACUACUAGGCCGACUGGUUACGCAAGGCAUUCCUUUAUGCGCCGGAAUUGGAUUCGGCCUUAUCCUAGUCUGCGGCUUCCUCUGCUACCUUAUUGAUCGCGAAUGGCAGCCAGGAGACGUAGUACUGAACAACCAAACAACCAACCAAGAAAAUCACUUCUUACUUCCACACAUGCUCUCAGUAACUCUCUUAGUCGCCUGUGCCGUUUCACCCUUUUCCGGCGCCUCCUCCGCCAUUUUACAACAACGUCUCAGCGUAUCCUACGAAACCACCAGUCGCAUUCUAGCUAUCCAAGAAGGCGUAUCCUUAGUCUCUACUGUCGUAAUUAGUAUUCUAACCGAUAAGUACGGCCACCGACUAUCCUGUGUAACUUUAGGCUCUUUACUACUCUCCCUCGGCCAUGCCCUUAUUCUAAGCUCAAUCAAACUAUCUUAUCUCCCAUCCCUACUAAUAGGUAUAUCCAACGGUCUACUGGCUUGCUGCUGGCCUUGUAUUCCCCUACUUAUUUCACCCAACAACUUAGCCGUCGGUCUUUCCCUUUUAUCUUGUGGAAUCAACUUAGCCUAUACAAUCUGUCCCCCUCUACUUAGCCGCCUAACCGAUCCAGGCUACACUAUCUCUGAGUACUAUACGGUCCUAAUUAGUGCCUGUGCUGCAUUUACAUCUUUAUUCAUUGUAUUUGUUAACGAGUCAAGAGGCUACGGCCUAAACGGCAAGCGAACCCCAAAAAUUUAA